AAGUAAGUAACUGUAGUAGGGCUGUGUCCCUCAGGGUCAGGUUCAGGCUUCGCUUUGUUUUAAUUUGCAUUCUCUCUCUCUAUUUUGCGACAGUCAAAGCGGACGAAAGCAACAUGUAUGCAGACGAUGAUGACGUCGGCCCGCAUCCGGGCUGUACCUCAAAGACCGUAGAGAUUCUGGUGAAAGCGCGGCCGUCUACAUUAUCCGAAAUCGAGGAGGGCGUGCACAUGUGCGUAGGGCGUACGACACUUGAAGAAAGGACUGCUUCUUGCGACCACGGAUCUUCCUCUUUAUGCUCCUGUGGCAUUUUCGAUCCGGAGGGAAAUCUACACUUUGAAGUCGGACCCUUUGAUGGGUUGUACCUGCAACCCGGCAACACCAAUAAAGGGGCCGUCGAUGUUGAAACAAGAUCCGAAGCCGGGAAGCGGGAUGAAGACGCGAGCCCGACAAAAUGCAGUGGCGUGGCACUCGCGGAAAAGGUGCUCGCUCGAAUUCUUCACUCUGACGCGGCUCCAGUACGAUCCCGAGGACGUCGCACACCGUGCGUCGAACAUUUUUUAGGUGGCACAAACGACCCUGCUUUUCGGGACGAGAAUAGCGGGGUACCUCAGCGCGAGCAUGUGCUGUUGGCUUACGGGCAAACCGGUAGCGGGAAGAGCCAUACGCUGUUCGGUGCACAGGCUGUAGGCCUAUCUGGCCUCGUAGCAGCGCUCGCCGACCAAUCGCCGGCGCGAGACAAUUUCGUUUCAGCACGGCCGGUGUCCCCACGCUCUGCAACUUUUCGGAAAGACUCGCAAAAGGCCGCAGAAGCGCUUGCGGAUAAAUUGGAUCACUUCAUGAAGCGCGUGAUUUCGCUAGCACGGACACGAAGCGCAGCUGAAAGAAAUCACGACCUGCGGCGGUCUUCGUCUUUGGCGCAUGGUCCGCCCAGCAUCCCGUCUUUGGGCGAUGUGCUCGGCGCACAGGAGGCCGCCCAGUUUUCCAUUCCAAGUUCCGCAUCGGCUGAUGCCCAAGGCUUGCUGCAGCACAUCGCGGCCAGUUUGCUCAACCCCGAAACGAGCAAUAAAGUCCCCGAUCGAGGAGGAGACCGUUCGGCAAGCGACCCUACUCGUGCAAUCGGUGCGAGCAACGGGUGGUCGCCGACUGGUGCAUGUUUAUCCUUUGAGUUUUUGGAACUGUACCUGGACAAUCUGCACAUUCUGAUUCCCCCCUGCCGGGCUUUUGACCUGACCGAGGUGGAGUCUCUUGCCAUUGCUGGAUUUUGCCAGCGCGUACUGCGCCCGACCGCGGACAACGAGAACUCUUCUCGCUCUCACGCAAUCGUUACGCUCAGGCGCGAGGAAGAUCCAGCUGGAGGGCAGAAAGGAGCAACGAAAGUGACUUUGAUUGAUCUCGCCGGAUCGGAACGGGUGGUAAGUACAAAUCGGAGUCGCAAGCAGAUGAUUGAAACGCAAUUUAUCAACCGCAGUCUGCAGAGUCUGCGUCGCGUCAUCACCGCUCUGGGCGAUCGGGAUGUUGGAGCCGGUUCGAGAACAGGCGUCGGCUUGGGGGCGCAUGUAUCCAUUUAAUAUUGUCGUCGUGGAUAUUAAAUUCUUUUUGAUUUUGAACCCUUUGGCUAUGACAAUGACAUCUGCGGUAGAACCCUUUGGCUUUGAACCCUUUGGCUUUGACAAUGGCAGUAGUAAGUUUCUCGCCAGUGAUGUAGGUACCACGCAUUCAGGUCCAGGUGUUUUUUUUUGCUGCGUGCCUUACUCGUGUAGGUUCGACACGAUGGUUUUUUGUUAUGCGGCAACGUAUGUCAACAAGAAAAUGAAAAACCAUAACCAGCAUUCGGCAUGACCAAUCGAGCUCCGUUAAGGAAAAAAAUCAGGUUCCCUGGCGCGAUAGCAAAUUGACGCAGCUGCUAAGGCCGAGGAGGGGUUCGUGUCCGCUCUUCACCAUUUUAGUCACGUUGUCACCGCACUGUCCUCGGGAAAGUAUCGAGAGCUUGCGGUUCGCCGAAUCUUGCCGACAGAUUCGCUUCUUGGACCAGCACAGUCGUAGCACAAUGGGAGAAGUGCCUGGCACGCCACUCGCGAGCUCAAGCCGAGCGAGGUAUUCUUCAAGCUUCAACAGGUUCGGCACUUUGCAUCGCACACCUACAUGUGGCAGCAGCGCAACCGCUGGUACCGGGACGCAUACGAGUUGUUCGGAGAGCGCGAGGACAUCCUUUAUUUCUCGUCCGUCUGGUCGUUUGGGAUUCGGACAGUCCGAAAUCGGGGCACAUGGAUCUCCCCAGCGGCCUAGAUCACCCGCAGCAAGAAAGUGCACGCGUGAUUUUUACCCCUCGACCUCGAGCGGUCGUGUCGAAUCGGAAAUUCGACUCUUGAGGCAGCGUCUGGCCUCUACCUCUCGCAAAGUGAUGCAACUCGAAUUGGCAAAUGAGGCGCUACGGUCUCAGCUGGACGGAAAAAAGAACGACGAGCCUUCCCUUACUAGUACGAUUGCUCGCGAUGGGGCCGGAAAAGGAAGACAAGACCAACCUUCACCGUCACCACCAGUAGUUUCAGAGGCCAUGCCUCCCGUGCGUUCGCAGAAAGAAGGACAGGCACUUACUAUGCUAAGCGUCGAUCUUCCGUUGAUAAUAAUAAAUACUCAAGUUUGAAGAUGGUGUUCUUUCUGUGCCCUACUUGUUAUCAGUUUCUGCACCUCUUGCCGUGCCCGUUUCAUUAAUUUUCAAUGCUACGCACAGUAGUGAUGUUGAAAGAAAAUAAACCGAUAAUUGCACAGAUCGCCGUUGCCGAGCCUUUACUAGAAGGCAACGUAGCGACCUCUUACAGCAUCUGGAGCGGUGAGCAGGUUUUGCGCCCAGGGAGCAGCCCCGACAAUCGCCCGCUGCUUUCGCCAGCGGCCCCCCCGAUGCCUCCCCGACCCGGCAGCAGUGCGGGCACCUUCUUCGGGCGUGGCGGUUUCGGUCGUGCGCGCGGGGAUGUUUUCAACAAAGUGGAUCACUUUCCGCUGCCGAAUGAACGGGGACAGCAGCAGUGCGAAAGCGUAGCCUCUACUACCGCGUCAUCCACGCGGUCCAGUUCGAAGGAAAGCAGUAUCUCUUUUGCCGAACGCGUUCUCGCCACGGAUCAAGCGCAGCCUCAGGCAGUGCCGGGCUUCGUUUCGGACACGGUUCCACACGAUGCGGAGGCAACAUCAGCUGCUGGAAAGCUGUGCGAGGAACGACAAGCGGUCGAGCGAGGGGGAGGACCCAACCACUUUUGCAAUGCGCGGCGACCACCAGCAUCCGGAGCAGGAACCAAACUUGCUAGUUCCAAGACACCGCGGAAGAUGCGCUUUCGCUUUGCUUCGGUCGGACGACCAUUAUUUGGCGCGGCGGCUGAUCACGACGUCGACUUGUUUACUGAUACUGGCGCAAGUGCGAAGCAGAGUCAAGGACUGUCUCCCACAACCGGCGCGCCUGCCAGGCACCUCCACCGGGCGUCCUCGUCCCCCCGCGUUCUUUCACACUCGCCGAGAGCUACAGCUACAGGCCGGUCGCCUCUCCAAGACCGACAACAGCGCAUGGCGCGCUCUCCCUCGCCCUGCAACCAUCAGCGAGUGAAAAAGGGGAUAGCUGCUUCGCCAUUUGCCUGCACUUCUUCUCCCCGCAAAACACCACCUACCUUUGCCAACAAUAAAGGUAUCAAGUCUUCUAGGAGCGGAUCGAGUGCUGGUCGUAGCAGCAAUGACAGAAAGAAUCACGACUCCUGCUCCCCGCCGAGUCGUUCAAAUAAACGAGUGGAUUUCUGGAGCCGGACCAGACGCACUCCGAGCAAGUCGACGUUGCUGAGCCAGCAACUUGCGACAACCUCGGUUGCCGCCGUCCGCACUAACACAAGGUUGCUAUGUGAGUUGAACGUCGCUGCGGAGCGUUUUCGCGACACUGGCGUCCUCUGCGGUCCAGGCGCUGUGGGCCAGAGUGUCACUCUGCAACGCGAGAAAUCGUCGGACACGGAAAUAAAGAAGACAUGCAUUUUUGCCGCCGCCCCUGCAUCGAAUUCGAAGAACCCUCUUCAUCUUCGAACGACUGUGGAGAAUACGCUUCUGGCGUUCAACGUUGAUGUGGAAAGCUUUGCAGCAGGGGCAGCCACACCACUUGGAAGCUCCGUUGACGCAGAAAAAAAUGAACAGAGACAGGAGGCAGGGAUCAUCGAGAAGUCGGCCUUGGGAAUCGUUGAUGAAGAAGAUGAGGAAAGAACACAAAAUAGCGAAGAUACUAGCGGAGACCACGGACUAGUACAGCCAAGACCUGCAAUCGGGAAUAAUUACACCGGAGUUGCUGUUGCAGAACCUCCUCCACUGGCUGCUGUAGACCGAGAAGACGAGCUUCGCGACGCCAUGGUCCAGGAGGAACUACACCCGGCCGCGCUGGAAAUGGUUAGCAAGAACCAUAGCGAGCAUCGUGGGAAUGCGGAUCCAAGCGUUUCUUGCAGUGCAGAACAAAGCCGAGUGGAACCAGGUGAUGUGAAGAAACCGGUUAUUAUAUCGAAUCUGGCAGGUGCGGGCGCCGGCGCCGGGGCGGGCGUAGUACUGAAUGCACCAAGAAACUCGUCUCUGUUACAAGCUGGAACUGCCACGACGCGUCCUGGCUCAGCAGUCAAGGUGGUGCGUACGCAAUUCUGGAAAAAAUUCCUACAACACGACGACAGUGAAGAUGCUGUGGGUUCGCUGACGCACUUGCAGAACCUGCAAUCACAAGUUGGAAAUUCUAAAUGAACCAACAUAAUUGAACAUGUAGUAUUCAUGCCUAGACUUGCACUUGAAUUUUACAAGUAAUAUGUAUUUGUAUCAGUACAACAUCGUGAUCUCGCCAGUACUCCGAUCUGGACCCGAGCAAGCCUGUCUGUGUAUGAUUAUCUGAUAUUCGUCACGAAAAUGCAAAUGCAAAACCAGUUCGAAUCAUGGAAGUUUCAAGUGCUAAAGUGUACGAAUCUCAACAUAUUGAUAUUGCGUGAAAGUCAAUCUCAGUUUAGAAGUGAUUUGGUUUUAUCGUCCAGAAAAUGGCACCCACGCCCAGGCCAGGCCGAUCCAUAACACGGUAGAAUCUGAAAAAAGCGUCAAGUAGUGUGUUGCGAACACAAUGAAUGAGCUGGAAUUCUUAUUCUCCUGUAGACACUUAGUGGUCAGUGUCAGAAGGCUAGCGCUGGCCGUACAACUACGGCUGUGUAAGAGUAGGUUCGCAUAUAUACUCACUUGCCACGAGGCCCCUCCGUCGGCGCGAGGCGAUUCGCUGCACGGCGUUCGCACCCGCCAAUGCAGACGCAGAUCCCCAGAAAUUCGAUACUUUUCGCAGUGGGUUGAAAAUUGCACAGAAUCAGAAAGCUUAAAGCUUUUCUGAGCUGAUCGCGAUUAUUCGGUUUUUAAAUGCGAAUGAAUAGAUCCUUC